UUAAUGGCAGCGAUUGUCAACUGUGAAGCUUUCAGCAUCUUCGAGUAUUCAACAGUAUUUUAAGCUUGUAUAUCGGCCUUUCCCAGCGUAUAUUACCUUUACCCCUUACCUAAACGACAUUUUAAUGUUUUAAAGCCGUUUUGGUCAAGAAAUGUCUCUGGAGGAUCCGUUUUUCGUCGUCAAAGAGCAUUGUUGGGAAGAAGAAAUGAUAAACCAAAAGACAGGUACUCAAGGUUAGAUCAAGAAAUUGAGAACUCAAAUCAAGCUUUUAUUAUGGACCAACAGCAACAACAGGAGUUAAUGAUAAGAGCUCAAGAUGAGCAGCUUGACAUGGUUGGGCACAGUGUUGGAGUUUUAAAAAACAUGGGAAAGAAGAUUGGUGAUGAAAUUGAAGAUCAAAAUUUGCUCUUAGAUGAUUUUGGACACGAAUUAGAAAUGACAGACUCCAAACUACAACAAACUGUUCUUAAAGUGGAAAAAGUUUUAAGAUUAUCAGAUGAUAAGAGGCAAACCUGUGUACUGGUAGCUCUAAUUGUGAUUAUGAUAGUGGUGAUCAUUUUAUUUGUUGCGUUAUAAGGACUGUGACAAAGAUGCAGGAAAAAAUGUAGAAUUUGGACUUUUAGUUUUCUGGAGUUUAUAGGAGAAAGGCUGUAACAUGCUUAAGGGCUGGCAUACAGCAGUAUGUUACAUUUGUUUUUUGAUGUGUAUCCUGUUGUUUUAGUUUGUUCUUUGUUAAAUUUUAUCUUUCUUUGUUUCUGUAUGUGCUCAAGUAUAAUAGUGAGCACAAAAAGAUGGAAAUAUGUACAUUACUUAUUUAUCAGAAUGAUGUAUGAGUUAUAUAUUAAAUAUUGAAUAGAUAUUUUUUAUCAUUUUGCAUAAUCUUUGGCAAUGAUUGGUUUUUCACUGUUUCAAACUCUUACACUCACUUUCUUGCAGUGUUCUAGUGUUAUUCUGACAUGUUAUUGGAACCCAGAAUCCUGAAAAGCGAUAUCACCCAGAGGGUCUCUGUAAUGACAAUUUUUCUUUAGUUUUCAGACAAAACUGUGAAAUAAUUGUUUACUAUGAUGGAAUAAAAUCAAAGGUGGAGUAAAUGAACUAAUUAUAAGUAAAGAUGGUGGAGGAGGGGAGGAGGCGAUAAACAGAAAUUGAAUUGAUGAAAUCAAGCUGUCAAGGACACUUUGGGAAUUCAGUGGUGCUCCUAAAACUUGUCAAUUUGAGAAGAAAUGUGUCAGAAAGAGAUCUCAAAAAAUUGCAUACGCAUUAUUUUUUCCCUUACAAAAUUAUUUUAGGGCUGGUAGGGUGAGAUAAAAUCUCUUGCCUCUUUUGUAACAAGGUAUCUCCAAUUGAACGGAAUUAUCAAAAUUAUGGCUAUACAACACUAAAAUAAAGUUAUCGUCUGUUACACUAAAAAGACAAGGAUGAAUUUAGACAGUUAACCUUCUAUUCUCUUUCUUUAGUAAAAGUGCUUGAAAAUGAAGGUUAAAAUAAGUAUAUGACCAAGGAAAUAAUAAGGUGUUUGAUUUGUAUUUUUUCCCCUUUAUGUAAUAAAACAAUUAUGUAUUUAUC